AUGGUCAUCUACAGUAGUGGGAUCGUGGGCAAGGUCCAACCUCACACAUUCCAGUCACCUCAGAGACAAAUAGCCACAGGUGUGAAUGGCCACACUGCAGUGCCCAGUCCCCAUGCGGGUCAUAGCAAACUUCCUUUCACUAGGCAGCACCUGCUAGGGUCCACUCUCCCAGCUUGUGCCAUGGCUGGUGACCAAGUCUUCAGCACAGGAGCCUUUGCGGGUUUAAGAUCUAGAAAAGAGGGGCCGAAGAAGGGCAAAGGGGCCCCUAAGGAGUGCGGGGAGGACGAGGCCCGGACGUGCUGCGGCUGCCGGUUCCCGCUGCUGCUCGCCCUGCUGCAGCUGGCCCUGGGCAUCGCCGUAACCGCGGUGGGCUUCCUCAUGGCCAGCGUCAGCUCCUCCCUGCUAGUCAGAGACACUCCAUUUUGGGCUGGGAUCAUUGUCUGUUUAGUGGCCUAUCUUGGUUUGUUUAUGCUUUGUGUCUCCUAUCAAGUUGAUGAACAGACAUGUAUCCAGUUUUCUAUGAAACUGCUGUACUUUCUGCUGAGUGCCCUGGGCCUGACGGUCUGUGUGCUGGCCGUGGCUUUCACUGCCCACCACUACUUGCAGCUUGAACAGUUUACCUGUGAGCCGGCACUUGACUCCUGCCAGUGUAAACUGCCUUCCACCGAGCCUCUCAGUAGGACCUUCGUUUACCGGGACGUGACGGACUGCGCCAGCGUCACUGGCACUUUCAAACUGUUCUUACUCACCCAGAUGGUCCUUAACCUGGUCUGUGGCCUCGUGUGCUUGCUGGCCUGCUUUGUGAUGUGGAAACAUAGGUACCAGGUCUUUUAUGCGGGUGUCAGGAUGUGCUCCCUGACAGCUUCCGAAGGCCAGCAGCAAAAGGCCUAACUGCCUUACUCUGAGGUGAGAGAGAAAACAGCACACUGAGGAGCAGAGGAGAAAAAAAAAAUUUUUUAAGAAAAGAGAAAACUUUUGACAGUUAAUACUAUUCACUGCUCUAAGUGAAUAUUUUUACAUAUUUCACAAAACAAAGAGCAUUUCUUCAGGUCUCUAUUAUAUUUUUAAAAAUUCUUGGUGGGGGGAACAAGAUCAGAAUUGAUUUGUUAGACACGAAAAAUUAAAAGAAUGCUAAGCGGAGAAAGAUUGAUACAAAUCUAUAUUUAGAGUGUGGGGUUUAUUCCUGAUACUCACUUUAUCCAUGACUCAUAUGACCUUCUUUCCUGUUGGUCCAGUGCAAUGAAGGGAACUGGCAAUUCAAGCCCGCUCCCUAGAUUUUGUAGUCUUCUUCUGGUCUUUCUGACCUCUCAGCAUGAUCUUCACUCCAGUGUCUUGGUGAAAGGCAGCAGCAAGGGAAGAGCUGAGUGUCCAGGUUGAAUGUUUUCAUUUUCCCUGGUAGACACAUGUCUGCAGGACAUGAUAGCUUUACAAAGUGAAGUAGAAAAGGAAUAGGCUUUGCAAUGGGCUAAGUAAUCAUAAAAAGCUGGGCUGGGAUGCCAGGAUUUGGGCUCCCUCACUGGGUUCUGUUAAGUGAAUCACUUGCUAAAUGCUUGGGGGCAAUUGUCUACUUCUCAAUAAUUGGAAGGUACUGGUAGCUGUAUUCUUAAUAAUGUAGAAGGUUUAAAAAUAAUUACAUUGUGCUUCUAUUCUAUCAUCUAAAACAAACCAUUAAAACUAAUUUCUAGCUAAUUGUUAAUUAUAAUUAUGCUCAGAAGUCUAUUUAAUGAGCUCUGGCUGUACUCUGGCAGCGCCGUUGGUGUUAAGAGAAAUUACUCUCACAAGAGAAUAUGCCUAAAGAUCCCACCCCACCACCCCAAAGCCAAGAAUUAUAAGAAAAAAAAAGUUUGUUCCUAAUGCUCAGGUUGAAAACACUUAAACAAAAACAAAAGCAUUUGCUAUGGAAAAUGUUUAUACAAAUAGCAUGUUUGUGAUAUGUUAAAAAGUGUCUCUCUUGGCAUCCACAUCUCUUUCAGGGAAAUUGGAUAAUGGCCACACCUUUUAUUCACAAAACUGUAUUUGAUAUGUAACCUGUGCCUGUAGUCAACCUAUAGAAUCAAAAUAACAUUUGGUGUCCUUUUUUGGGCAAUAUGUCCAUGGUCUUGGGGGCAGUAGUUUUGUUUUUAAUUAACUAAGACUUAAAGCACACAUACCUUUUCAUGGUACCAUCCUGAAUAAUUUCAAUGUUUUAAUGAAGGAGCUAAAAUGAAAAUUCACGGGCCGGGGAUUUAGCUCAG